UCCCACUUCCGGAUGGAAGAAAAACAAAACCCUAGAUCUCGUAUCCCUGAGUCCUUUGGCUGGUGGAGAGGGAAAGUUGGUGGCAACCAGAGAUCCUUCACGGUGGUGACAACCUCUCCUCCUACGAUGGGGGACGGAUGGAGCGGCUUCCGGGGAGAGCGACGGGAGGAACCUGAACGUGGUGCUCGCGGUCCUGGCCGUGUGCUAGGGCGAGGCGGCGACCACGGAGGAGAUCGGAGCAAGCUCUCCUGGAAGAGGGACGACGACCACAACAACUCGUUCGCGCCCAAUGUUGCCUCUGGAUGUGACGACACCUCUCGAUGGGAUGCGAGUGCGAUGGGGAAGCAGGCCACGGAGGGAGGGGUCUGGAUUCCUAAGAGCCAAGGCUCUUCUGAGUCUGCUGGCGAUGGAAUCGGCAGCCAGAUCUCCCCUCCUCCUCGACGCACCCUGGGGAAGCAGAAUAAUCAGGUGAACCCUACCAAUAAACUCGAGCCCUGCCUUAUCUGCAAAUCUCAUGAGCAUGCUCCUACCUGUUGCCCACAAGCAUAUCGUGAUAGAUGUAGUAAAUUGGGUCAUCUUGCCUCUGUUUGCCGUGAAUUUCUUCCGCGGGAGUGUGUUGCAACUAUGUGUGCUUUUCAGUCUAAGAGGCAGGGUUUCUAUUUUAUCCAUGACUCAUGUACUGCUAAUCAAAUUAAGGAAAGAUCUAACAACAUCGUGGUUACCAUUGUGGAGGGGGAGACAUCCACAUGGCAGAUGGAACUGGAACUGAAUGAUUACCGGGCGACAGGUUGGCGGUGCUCGGCACAUGCUAUUGGUCCUGGGUGUUUGUGGCGAGGUUUCCUAAUCCUCGUGUUGUUGCACCGAUUUUCUAUGUGCGGAGAAUCAUCCUUAAAACCAGUGGGGAUGUGAUUAGUGUAUCUAAAUGGUCUUCGGCUGUUGGAUCCAAGAGGGUGAUGGAGGUUGCUUGGAUAAAAAUUAGCAAUCUCCCCCUUGAUAAAAGAAGUGAAAGGAACCUGGCCUAUGUUGCUUCCUUGGUUGGAGUUCCUUUGGAAAUUGAGCUACCCCACAUCGCAGAGCUUCUGGUAGGGUGAAGAUUGGAUGUAGAAAUAUAGAUGAUAAUCCUUCAGGUGCCGAAUCUGUUUUGGGUGGGCACUUCUAUGACUUCUACUAUGAGGUGGAUCAGGUGCUGGUGAGGAAUCAUAAUAGAGAAGAGUACAAUAAUAAUAAUAAUGUGAUGAGCAAAGAUAAGAAAAAGAUUCAUGAAAAUGAUAAUGAUAUGAGCAAGAAACCUAAGCUAGAUGGAGCAUCUAGUGGGCUUGGGGAGAAAUUUCCUUCUACCACUUAGACUGGGGGAAGCAAGAUCACAUGCAAGAAUCCCAAGAGAGCAUGGAAUCAGAUGUUUCCUUACAUACUUCUCUGUUGAUUGAUUCCAUGGCUCUGGAUUACAUGGAAGAGGAAAAACAAGUAAGUCUUGAAAAGUUGAAUAAUAAGAUUGAUAAGAGCAUGUCCCCUGGUAGUAACAAAAAAUCUUUUGUUGAUGUGGUGAGAACAUCUCCUCAGGGUGUGAUGAUUGGUGCUUCUCGGGGGGAGGCUGAAACUAGAACUACUAUUUACAGAGUGGAAUCCUUUGAUUCAUCUUUGGGCACUGAGAGCAAGAUGGAGAAUAUUCAGGAGAAAGCUGUAGCUGCUGCUAAAAAAGAGACACUGAAGGAUGCUAUUCUCACUCGUGAUGUGACGAAAAGGAAGAAAUGGGGAGGUAAUCCUAGUUGCUCGUUCUGUAAAGAGAGGGAAACUUCACAACACUUAUGCUUUACUUGCCGAGUUGCUAGAGUGGUCUGGAGAACUAUUGGUUGCACGCUUGGCUCUAGCCUGGGCCCUAACAAUAUAUGGCAAUUCUUUUUGUGGUGCUUUAUGUUUCUUCCUAAUGGAGCUAGGUUCUUUACCUUUGGUCUAGCUGCAGUGUGCUGGGCGUUGUGGAAUUGUCGUAACCGUGCUACCUUUGAGAAUAAAAACUGAGAUCACCCUUCGAUGUAGUUUAUACUGCUUGUGGUUUCCUUACAUGCUGGGAAGGAGUGCUAACGGGGGAGGAUCAGGAAGCAAUGGAGCGAGGUGCUAACAUGCUGAAGAACAAUGCAAUGAGCAUGAUGCGGAUUUGUGCUGCUCCAGAAGGUGCCCAGUGAUGGUGGUGAUACUGCAGGUUUUAGCCUUUGCUGUCACGUGUUUUUAGAACUCCCGUGCAUGGGCGAUUAGUCGAUUCCUGAGUGAAUCUGACUGUAUCCUAGCUUUCUUUUCAGACUUGUGUCCUGUCGUUUGAACUUUGGCUCUAGAUCGUCGGUUGCGUUUCUACGGUGUUUUUGGGUUUUCACCCUGCGGUAGGCUGCUCGAUGACGAGUGCAUGUGGUGGGUUUCCCAAAAAUGCUUUGAACUCACACCCCUUUCUGUUUUUUUUCCUU